CUCAUUUGAAUGCUGCGACCGCCGCCGUGGGCCAGAUGAGAGAGACGAGAGACUGAGGUGAAGAAGAAGGAGACACAGACGGAGACGGAGGACAGACAGAUAUUUUCCCGUCAUGGCGGAGAGUGCGGACAUGGAGCACCUGUUGACAACUUUUAAGAAGUUUGCCAUCCACGGAGACACAAAGGCCACAGGGAAGGAGCUGAAUGGGAAAAACUGGGCCAAACUGUGCAAAGACUGCAAGAUCAUCGACGGCAAGAAUGUCACCAGCACCGACGUGGACAUUGUCUUCUCCAAAGUCAAACAGAAGACGUCCAGGGUCAUCACCUACGAGGAGUUUCAGAGAGCUCUGGAGGAGUUGGCUCCAAAGAGGUUCAGAGGUCAAAGUAAAGAGGAGGCACUGGAGUCUAUCUUCAAACUGAUGGAAGGCAGAGAGCCCACCAACGUUGGCGUGACGAAAGUGGCGAAGACUGGGGCGGUGGACCGCCUGACCGACGCGUCCCGUUACACCGGAUCACACAAGGAGCGCUUCGAUGAGAGCGGCAAGGGCCGAGGUCGGGAGGGCCGGGAGGACAUGGUGGAGAACACGGGCUACGUGGGAGCGUACAAGAAUGCCGGAACCUACGACGACAAGAUGAAGGCGGAGAAAUAACAUGGCAGGAAGUAGAGCUCCUCCACAGCACUUAGAUUGGACCAAACCUUGAACUUUUACCCUUCUCUUUCUCUGUGUGUGUGUGUGUGUGUGUGCACGCGCCCAUGUGUGCACUGACACACACACACACCUGGUUAUGACAGAAACAUCAGUAGCUGUCCUUGUAUGUAAAUCUGAAGCAGCUUCAUCCAGUCUGUGUUUGUGUCUGACAUCUCCACAGGAAGUGACAUCACACUGAAUGAUAUCAACAUGUGUUUCAUGUCUGUGUGUUCACUGAUUGUGACUCUGAGGAGAAGGAGUAUCUCUGCUUUCAUCUCUGUCUUCAGUCUCUCUCCUGCUGAAUGUCCUCGUCCGUUCCAGAGCAGCUCAGUGAAGGUUUCCGUCCUCACCUCUGCCUGUAAUGUUCAUCCUGUCUGAAUGCAGCUUUAAUUUGUGUGGGAACUUCUUGUUAAAUUCUUGAGAACUGCUAAAGGCGGUGUUAGCUAGUUAGCCUGGUGCUGUGUAGUUUACUCUGCUUUAUGUGGUUGCAGCAUCCAAACAUCCGCCCAGCUCACUGUGUCUCUCAGCAGAUUAAUCAAACCUGAACAGAAUCUGCAACGUCCUGCAUGCGUGUUGGGAUAUAUAUAUAUAUGCAUUUCACAGUUUUGUUCUUCUUCUGCAUUAGAAUUAUUUUGAACUUGUUGAAACUGGAAAUGUCUUUAUUGAAUGAAUAAAGACUAAAAACAGUG